AUGGGGUUCCUCCAACGGCAAGUGGAUAAGCUCCCUAAGGCGCGUGCUGGGCCUAUCCUCUUCGGGUCAAUGAUAGUAGGAGCUCUGACCGUCAUGGUAGCUGUUAACUAUGAGAAGGAUACUACUAGACUGCGUGCUUUUAAUGGCGUAGUGCGGGACAUGGAGCGUAUCCGAGCCAAGAUAGAAAGGGGAGAAGUGUAG